AUGAGUUCAAGACGCACGCGCACCAGUGUCUCUACCCGAAAGCAGGCACUUGAGGAGAUUAGGCGUAUGCGUGAGGGUGAUGCAGUUGAAUCUGUCACGUCGAGCUCUCGCUUGGCGCAGUAUAAGCCAAAAGAGGAGAGUAUCUACAAGGCAGUAACGGAGCAAGAAUACGAGGAUCUAGUGCGGCAACGACGUCAAGGCUUGCCAUUUGUGGAGAAUGAUGAUGGAGAAAUGGGUUACUAUGACGAUGGAGAAGAACAAUUCUUUGAGUCGGAUCCCGAUGACGACGCAGAAGCGAGAGAUGAUGAUAACACGACAAGCAAGAAACGAAGUGCAGGAGCAUUGUCCUCAUCUUAUGUGCGACGAGCAAAAAAGAUGCAGAGGGCGAAACUUGGAGGAGGAGGAGGAGAAGGACAAAAGAUUACAAACAUGUUCUUUUCUACGUCUACGGGAAAGAAAACCAUGGGAACUGAUGGAGAUACUCGAGGAGGAAGAAUGACAGGAAGACUUCGUGCUAAGAGAGAUAUUGAUUUGGACAGUUUGUUGGACGAUCUAACAAGCAACCCGACAGAGUCGCGACAGACCUAUGUUAAACCCAUGUCGUACACGACGAGUUCCUUGACGUUCUCGAGUGGAAUGUCGGAAUUUAGUAUGAGGAAACCUCUUCCUAUUGCGACGAACUCGACGUUACAGAGUAAAGACGAACAUGAAGAGGAAACGGUAGAGUUUAAUGAUAACUCAUACGAGCUUGAUGAUGCAGAUGAAUUGAUGGAGAAGGCACGUGCAGAUGGAGAUGAUAUGAUGGAACGUGACGUAGAAAGAGAUGGAGAUGGAGAUGCCACGAUGAAUGAGAAGAAACAAAUGCUAGCGGUUAAAACUGUCACAAGUAAAAAAGAGAUGAUGCUACAAAAAGCUCGGGAAGCGCGACUGCAGACAUCGGCACCUGCUGUUCGAACUCUGGCUGCUCCUGUAAAUCAAUCAGAAAAUGUAGUGAUGCGUUCUGUCCCGUCGAAUGAAGUGGCUGAAUGGUGGCAGGUUGCUGAAGACGAUUUGAAUGUUACGAUGAAGGACGUUUCUGCAGCUGGUGGCGGGGAAUGUGAAGCACCACCUACCGCAUCAGAUUCAAUCCAAAUGUACUGGAUGGACGCGGUUGAAGUGCGUGAGCGUCCGGGUAAGAUCUAUCUUAUCGGAAAGAUGAAGACUUUGAGCCCAGACGGAUUGAACGAGCAGCCCAUGUAUAGGAGUUGCUGCGUGGUUGUAAACAACCUGCAGCGAUACAUGUAUCUUGUUCCUACAGGCACUCCACUGAUCGAACUGAGUAAGAAUGUACGACAGGAGACUUGGAUGAAGAUGCACGAAGAAAUCUACAACAUUUUGAUUCCUUCCUGUAUCACUAGCAAACGCGAUCAGGAAAUUUUUAGGACUAAACUUGUGGAACGCAACUACGCUUUUGAAGAAGCAAACAUUCCGCGUGGCAAAAAUUUAUUCUUAAAGGUAAAAUAUUCUGCCAAAUACCCUGCACCUCCAUCGGACAUUUGCUCGCAUGGAGGUAAAACCUUUUCCCGUAUUUGUGGAGCGCUCACGAGACCAUUGGAAAACUUUCUGCUUACUCGCCGGCUUCUGGGACCGGGAUGGAUCGAAAUCAAAAAUGUCCGCAAAUGUAGCGAGGGUGUCAGUUUUUGCAAGAUAGAGUUCGAGACAUUUGACCCAAAGAACGUAUGUUCCACUGCUGGUGGAAUGACCCCACCUCCUCUUACAGUGAUGAGUCUCAGUCUCAAGAGCGUUUGCAACCCCAAUACAGGUAAGCACGAAGUAGUUGCACUUUCUGCAAUCUUGGAGUCUGGUAUUAGCGCCGAGGGAUCUGGUAAGGGCGCAAAUGGUGUACGUCAUACAUUAUCACAUUUUACAGCAAUUCGGCCUUUGGAUGGAAGUAGCGGUUUCCCCCAGUCAUACGCUGAGGCAGCUCAAAAAGAUGAUCGCUUUGGGAUCAAGAUGGAAAGUGGUGCGCUGGGCAUUAGCAAUGAGCGUUUGCGCGUGGAAAUCAACGAGCGUGUGAUGUUGAGCUACUUUCUCACACGGGUUCAGCUCGAAGACCCGGACGUCAUUGUUGGUCAUAACUUACAUAAAUAUGCGUUAGAGUUGCUAAUCUCGCGUAUUGACAACUUCAAACUUGGCGGAUUAUGGUCAAAGCUGACGCGACUUCGUCGUGGUCGUUUAAAUCCGAUGAAUGUGGGAGAAGGCUGGAACGAGUAUAGGAUGGACGACAUGGUUAAUGGACGACUUUGCUGUGAUACAUAUGUGUCGUCAAAGGAACUGCUACCUUCACAGAAUAACUACACGCUUUCAUAUUUGGUGGAGCGACUCCUACAUAAGCAGCGACUGGAUGUCGAGAUGACUGAGGUUCCUCACAUUCUCCAUGGUGGCCCCGAUAACUUCGUAAAGUUCCUGCGUCACACGCUGGAUGAUGCCAUGUUUGUGUUACAUCUAAUGCACAAGCUUGAAAUUUUACCGCUGUCAAAGCAGCUUUCCAACUUGUGUGGAUACUUGUGGACUCGCACGCUGGAGGCAAACAAGCGCGCUGAGCGGAUUGAAUAUCUGCUGUUGCACGAGUUUAGCAGGUCGAAAAAUAAAUUUAUUGUACCGGAGAAGUUUAAAACAAGAUCUGAGGCUGACAAGCUGAAUAAGAGACGCGAGGCGUCUUAUGCAGGUGGUAUGGUAUUUGCGCCAAAGAAGGGUCUUUAUGACAACUAUGUGGUGUUGCUGGAUUUCAUGAGUUUGUAUCCAUCUAUCAUCCGUGAAUACAACAUCUGUUUCACCACUGUAGAGCGACAAAUAGCCGAGGACGUGCCUGGAGCGUCUUUGGCCAUUAAGAAUAAGACGAAAUCGAGAUUGAAGCCAGUGCCGCAACCCGAGAAUGAUGACGUCGUGGACGACGAAGAUCAAAAUCCUGAUUGCGCUGAUGCCACUGCUGGUUCCGAAAUCCCGGCUUUGCCAAGUAGCGCUAGCGAACCUGGUAUUUUACCAGCUGUGAUCAAACGCUUGCUAGAGUCACGUAAGCAAGUAAAGCAGCAACUGAAAAUUGAACAGAAGGCGGGCAACAUGGAGAAGGCCAAUCUCCUCGAUAUUCGUCAAAAAGCGAUUAAGUUGACGGCAAACUCGAUGUAUGGCUGCUUGGGUUUUCGGUUCUCGCGAUUUUACGCAAAGCCCAUUGCUGCGUUGAUUACGUCUACAGGUCGCCAUACAUUGCAGCGAGCGAAGGAGGUGGCAGAGCAAGAAUGUGGCUAUGAUGUGAUUUACGGUGAUACGGAUUCUAUCAUGGUGAAUUCGCGCACUGAUAGCCUUGAGGAGGCCAAGCGCAUAGGUCGUGAAAUCCAAACUCAGUGUAAUAAGCACUUCAGAUUGUUGGAACUCGAGGUAGACUUCAUAUUCAAGCGGAUUUUGCUUCUGAACAAAAAGAAGUACGCAGCGUUGGUACUCAAGGAGCAGCCUAAUUGCGAGCCUACCUUUGAGAAAGAGGUAAAAGGCCUUGAUAUGGUGCGCCGUGAUUGGUGUGUAAUCUCAAAGGCGGUCGGUAACGAGAUACUUGACUUUAUCUUGUCCGGAAAUUCUCGUGACGAUGUGGUGGAGAGCAUUCACGAGCAUCUGGAGCAAGUGGCGGAACGUAUGCGUUCCGGAAAGGAGCCGGUUGAGCAAUACGUCAUCACUAAGAGCUUGAACAAACAACCUGAGCAAUAUCCAGAUCGUGCGAAGCAAUACCACGUGCAAGUAGCGAUUGCAUUGCGUGGUCUAGGAAAGACGGUUGGCGUGGGUAUGCAUAUUCCGUACGUGCUUUGCAAAGAGGAAGAACCUGGAAGUGGCCGUCGUGCAUACCAUCCGGACGAGGUCAAGCGGGCUAAUGGAAAGCUCAAUAUUGACGUUGAGUGGUACCUUGAGUCGCAAGUUCAUCCGCCAGUAAACCGACUUUGCGCUUAUAUUGAAGGAACAUCAAGCUCGCAGCUGGCACACUUCUUGGGUCUUGAUACAGCCAAGUUCUCACAUUCUGCCAAUCAUUUUAGCGAAGAGAAUGACGGCGGUAGUGCCAUUCCGAGCGUUUUGCAAACCGAUGCGGAUCGAUUCAAGGAUUGUGUUCCUCUGAAGAUUACUUGUGACCGAUGCAAGAUAGCCAGUGAUUUCUCUGGCGUAUUUGCUACAGCCAAGGACAGCUCCCUUUCUAGUGGACUGCUUUGCCCAGUGUGUAAGGCGGACUUUUGGGGUUUUGACCAGGAGGGUGUUUACGGAAAUGUAGGUGAUGAUCUACAGGCGGUGCUUUCGAACCGCCUCCACAAUGCAACGCGCCUAGCAGCGAAGAAGUAUUACGAGGCGUGGACAAUUUGCUCUGAUGUCAUGUGCAAGACGCGGACUCAAAAGCAAUCACUUCGUGGGAACGGCAAUAUCUGCUCUGCGGUAGGGUGUAGAGCAAUAACCAGUCUUGAAUAUCCUGAUAGCGCGUUGUACACCCAGCUCAAGUAUUUUGAGUCCCUCUUCGAUGUCGAGCGUGCACAAAAGAAAAUUCGAGAGCAGAAAGAGCGCGUAUCAGGUAUAGCUACGGAGCCUCCGUCGCUUCCCGACGGUCACCGUGCUGUGCUGCAGAAGCUGCUUUCCCAGGCUGAAGAGGUACGAAUUUGUGAUUUCACUAGUUACGCGCAGUAUGUGUUGCUAGUUUUUAACACCCAUUAUACGGCCAGGCUGUCCAUCAAGAUGAUUACAACUGGGUCAAGCCCUCGCUUUGGCAGACUCUGUUCAUAUAAGUAUUCGUUCUUGUUAACCAAUGCAAGUUGUACAGCGGGAAAAUGUAGAAUUACAUGGAAAAUGGUGUUCAGUGUAGCGGAUCUCAUUCUUGAACGACCCGCUACUUCACGCUUUGACAGCGUCAAUAAUGGAGCACAGUCGAAUGCUAUGAAUGCAGUAGUAUGUCGUCACAUGUCCGGAAAACGUGAUGGUCUCGGCUCCAACAAGAUACUUUGCUGCGAUUGCCAAUCAGAAAUGGUAGAGGACAACCACUUCAGCUUUUUUCUGAUGGAGAUUGACAUCGUCUGGUCAUGUUCUAUCAUCGAGUGUCACCAAAACAUCGUUUUCUUCAUGUCUCGGUCCACGGUUACAAAACUACGAGGGUGGGGCGCUAUGUCCGACUUCACGGAUGACGAUGAUCGACAGCUAGUUCAAUUAGCGCUGAUAUCUUCACGCAGUCGACGGCAGAUUCUAUGGGACAGAAUCACCCAGCAGAUGAAAGGUACAAAGAAGUCUAAGGAGGCACUGCGGCAGCGUCUAAAGACUUUGAAGCGUACGCACGGCCGCAAUCUCGAAAACUUUCCGGUAUGGUAUUUUAGAAAGAAGUUUGCGACGAAAAUAAAUCCCCAAUGGCUUCGUCACGAGAGUGCCAACAUGAAGACAGUUUCCGAAGGGGAUAAGAUGAUGCUGACGUUAAGAGGAAAUCAACACAAGUCACAAGAACCUGGUCGACGGAAAACGAUGGACAGUCUGCAGUUGAACACGCCUUCCAUUCAAACGCUAAUGAAGCUCAAUUGCUCAACAUUGCCGAUGUCGUUGCAGACGUCGUCAUAUUAUUCAAAGCGUGGGAAGGCUGAGUUACAGGCAAGUGCACCUGCGCUGCUACUCCUGGCAAACGUUGCAAUUCGAAACUUACGCGAUCAGCGGGCCACGAACACGGGGUGA